AUGGCAGUGGGGCGCAUGGCCAACAGAAUCUACGUUGGCACAGACUUCUGCCGGAACGAAGAAUAUCUCACCGAUACGGCCGAUUAUGCCCAAGCUGUGGUCAUUGUCAUCAUCAUUCGGCUCAUGCCAGUCAUCCGUCACCGCAAAACGGGCGAGGUCUUCCUCCGCGAUUACAUCCAGGAAAGAAUAGAUGGGAAGCUUAGCGAAUACGACCAAAAACCAACUGACCUCGUCCAGCGUCUCAUUGAUACAGCACCUCCAGUUGAGAGGACCGUGCUCCAACUGGCGGAACGGGUCAUGGCUCUGAAUGUAGCAUCUAUACACACCUCCGAGAUGGUCUUGGCUAUACAACGAAACGCAAGACAGGAAUUCAAGUUCACCGACAGCACAGUCAUUCCGGCUGGUGCCAAAAUCGGCGCUGUAACCCUCACUCUGCAGCGGGAUCCAGAAAUCUACGAGAAUCCGGAUGUGUUUGACGAUUUUCGCUUCUACCACGCCGAGACCUCAGAAACUAAGCCGAUUACGAUGGUCAACAUAGGCGUCAACUUUCACGUCUUUAGCCUGGACACUAUCCCUGGUGAUUCUCAUGGCUAG